CCAUAUGGUGUGUUAUUGUCAUAUAAGCUUGAGAAUUCUCUUAGCUUGGUAGUGAAAUUGUUUUAUCAAGGAUUUGAGUGUGUUUUUUGGAUAGGUUAUGAUGUUUUCUUGACUUAAGCAAAGGCUACUGGAAAUUGCAAACUUGAUGAGCCAGCGGAACAGCAAUUUCUUGCUGGUUUUUAUCUUGUAUAUCUGUGACUGUAGAAUCAGAAGAUUUGGACGAUAAUGCGUCUCCCUGUCCGGAGUGGAUAUGCAAGAAAACCAGGUGAGACAAUGAGGCUUUUCUUGACUACUUUUGCUGGAAUUACCUUUGGCUUUUUUCUAGGAAUAUCUUUUCCAACACUCUCACUGUCUAAGAUGAAUCUACCAUCCAGUCUAUUUUCUUCCAUUGAUCUAACGUAUAUUGAGGACAAGUACUCUGGUCUUUCAACCCGUACACUGUUCAAUGCUUGGUCUUCUCUAAAGGGCAGCAAGGGCGAUUCUUUACCUCACAAAUAUAAUGAUACAAAUAUCUGGGUUCCAACAAAUCCUCGGGGAGCUGAGAGAUUACCUCCUGAUAUAGUAGCGCCUGAAUCAGAUUUCUACCUCCGUCGAUUGUGGGGUCUGCCUGAAGAGGACUUGUCCAUCAAACCAAGGUAUCUCGUAACUUUUACUGUUGGUGCUGAUCAGAAAGAUAAUAUUGAUGCAGCAGUUAGAAGGGUCUCUUUCUCCUUCCUCCUCCCCCCCCCCCCCCCCCACGUGAGUGCUCACAAGCAAACUAAGUGGUGGUAUGCUAAACGUUUUCUACACCCUGACAUUGUUGCACCAUAUGAGUAUAUUUUUAUGUGGGACGAGGAUCUUGGUUUAGAGCAUUUUGAUGCAGAGGAAUACCUUAAACUAGUAAGGAAACAUGGUCUGGAGAUUUCACAACCUGGUUUAGAUCCAGAUAGAGGGACAACAUGGGCAAUGACAAAGAAGAGAGAUGAUUCCGAAGUUCAUAAGGAUACUGAGGAGAAGCCUGGCUGGUGUACUGACCCACACCUGCCGCCUUGUGCAGCAUUUGUCGAGAUUAUGGCAACUGUUUUUUCUCGGGAUGCUUGGCGUUGUGUUUGGCAUAUGAUUCAGAAUGACUUGGUUCAUGGAUGGGGUUUAGAUUUUGCUUUGAGAAGAUGUGUUGAGCCUGCUCAUGAGAAAAUAGGAGUUGUAGAUGCACAAUGGAUAGUUCAUCAAAGUGUUCCAUCACUUGGAAACCAGGGUGAAGCAGGCAGUGGCAGGGCACCAUGGGAAGGGGUGAGGGAAAGGUGUCAAAACGAAUGGAAAAUGUUUCAAGAUCGACUGUUUGGUGCAGAGAAAGCCUAUUUCGAGUCGAUUGGAAUUGAUCCUUACAAUUCAACAAAUCAUUAGAGCGAUGGACAUAUUGGCUACAAAAACAUGUUAUAAAAAUAACCACAUUAUGUAGAAGUGACUUUUAUUGUUCCUGCAGUUUUGACAGACAUGUUUCUUGUAUGAUUUAGUCAUGACAUAUCCCUCAUUGUUUUCUAUUUAUUGAUUCUUUCACAGAAA